UUGCUGUCCACACUGUAGGCUAACAAGAUAAAAGGGAUUAUAUACUGUAUGUAAACUGUUUUUUUUUAUCAAAUACCACUAAUUUAACAUGAUGGAGAUGCUUGAAUACAGCCACUAUCAGGUGCAGUCCCACCUGGAUAAUCCCACCAAGUACCACAUCCAGCAGGCCCAGAGGCAGCAGGUGAGGCAGUAUCUGUCCACCACCCUGGGUGGUAAAGCCGGCAACCAGUGCCCCAGCCAGCCACCUGAGCACGGUAUGCCGCCUGGGCCCGGCAGCAGUGCCCCCAACAGUCCCAUGGCCCUGCUCACCCUCAGCUCCAACUGUGAAAAAGAAAUGGAUGAUGUCAUCGAUGAUAUUAUUAGCUUGGAGUCAAGUUACAAUGAAGACGUUCUUGGACUGAUGGACCCAGGACUCCAAAUCAACAACCCGCUCCCUGUGUCUGGCAACCUUCUUGAUGUGUAUGGUAAUCAAGGACUUCCACUCCCGGGCCUUGCCAUCAGCAACUCCUGUCCACCCAACAUUAAAAGGGAAUACACAGCUCCUGGCAUGAAGCAAGUACUGGACAAGUCUGGAUCCUGUAGCCAGUAUGAAAACUAUCAAAGGCAAGAGGGCUAUCCAGUCGAGGCUGAAGUUCGAGCUCUUGCUAAAGAGAGACAAAAGAAGGACAACCACAAUUUAAUUGAACGAAGACGGAGAUUCAACAUCAACGACCGCAUCAAAGAGCUGGGAACUUUGAUCCCCAAGUCAAAUGACCCAUCUUUGUCUCCUGCAUACCCCAGAGACAUGCGCUGGAAUAAGGGCACCAUUCUGAAAGCUUCGGUGGACUACAUCAGAAAGCUGCAGCGGGAGCAGCAGAGAGCCAAGGAGCUGGAGUGCAGACAGAGAAAGCUGGAGCACGCAAACCGUCACCUGAUGCUACGUAUACAGGAGUUGGAGAUCCAGGCCCGUGCUCAUGGUCUUACAGUGGUGUCAUCCCCAUCUGUCUGCACGUCAGAGUUAUUGGCCCGAGCCAUUAAACAGGAGCCCGUCCUCGGCGACUGCCCCUCGGACCUCUACCAGCACAGCUCUACUCCCGACAUGUCCCCCCCAACCACACUGGACUUGAACAAUGGCACCAUCACCUUUGACCAGAUCCCUUCAGACGGUGGGGACCCCCCCGGCCCCUAUGGAAACUCCAGGACCUGUAAAAUGAAGGAGUUGUUGAGGGACAGCACCCUGUCAUCGAUUUCCUCGAGUGAUCCCCUGCUGUCCUCUAUGUCCCCAGACGGCUCCAACAACACCAGCAGCCACCACAGUUCCAGCUCCAGUAUGGAGGAGAAGGAGCACAGCUGUUAGCAUCAUCCGGUGACACUCCCUAUCUGUAGCAGCCCAUCAGUAAAGCACCUACAUUAAAUUAACUUAAAGGUAUCCACAUGACGGAGUGGAUGAAGGAACUGAGAAGCUCAUUUCAUAUUGAUCUCAUAUUUUUAUCGUUGUUUGCUCAAUUAUUGCUGAACCAUUUUUAUUUUAGGGUGACCUUUCAUGCAUUUCUCCAUUGUGCACUCUAUUGAUACAGUCAUGUGAUCUCGAUUCCACACAGAUUGACAGCUCAGAAUUACUUGACAAGCUACUGAGAAAUGCCUGCUGUCAGUAUAGAUUGGUUACCUUGAUCAUUUAAGUGUUGUCUUUAACUUUUUAUAUUUGUCAGAGGUACAUAUAGUGUACCGAACUGUCCUUGGCAACUGGUAUGACAUCCAUGUGAAAACAUACUUGUAUAUAAUAUUGUGCAUAAGUGCAAAAUGUUCAAACUUUUUGUAGA